UUUCAGUCUGUGUCAGGAUGAUGGUGAAGAUCGACAGCUGCCUGUUCGCCUUCGUUCUGGGCUUUAAUGUCACCGCAGAAAUAAUCUAUCGAGAAGCUGUGGAGAAGAACACGGUAUCUCUACCUUGUCCGCACCCUGUGGCUGGUAAUGUGACGUGGAGCAGACAGUUAACUAAUGGAAGUAAAGUUAACUUAAUUGAAGUUAUUGGUGGAAGGGAGAACAAACUCACGGACCCGGGCAAACGAUACAGUUCAUUGGCAGAUAAAUUUAAGUCACUGGUCAUUACUCGCCCUGGUGUCUCAGACAGUGGAACAUACUUCUGUAACACUGAAACUGUGGAACUGACGGUGAUCCCACAAGCAACAGAUGAAAAGAAUGCUACAAUAGGAACCAGCAUCACUCUGAAAUGUCCUGAUGACACUGGGUCACAUCGUCCAACAUGGGUCAGACGAAUCAACGGAAUGAACAUCACUGUUUACAGCCAAAAUAAGACAGAAGGGCUCCAAUAUUCCACUGAGAACAAGAUGCUGACUCUAACAAACGUGCAGCUGAAUCACUCUGGACUGUACUACUGCGAGGGAAAACCGGUUGUUUACCUGAAUGUGACCAAAGAUGAGAGAUUUGAGAGAGCUUCUCACAAACUGUUUCUUUUGGUUCUUGGAGUGGUCCUUCCCCUCGCCCUCACCGUGUUUAUCAUCCUCUUCCUCUUUCGGAGAUUCAGAUUCAGAACACAAGGUGAAUAA